GGGCGGGUACCCGCAUGAACCGGGUAUUUUGCCACCCCACUCCAAAGUCCUGCAUAAAACCCUAGCCUGUCCUGAAGGAGAAAUAGCAGAAAAAACAAACUAGACCCAAUUAAGUGAACAGGUUCACUCUCUUCUCUUCUCUUCUCUUCUCUGUCGGUUUCUGGAGAACCUUUGAGGGUUUCAAUCAUCAGGUAUUUGCAGCGUAAAUGACUGCCACUGCACUUCGAAAGAAAACGGGCACAAAGCCACAAAAAUUGCCCUCUAAAAAGAGGCAAAAGAAUGAUUCUUUCUCUUCUAAACACAUGGAAAAAGAUGAUAUUUUCACCCAUUCGGAUAGCACAGAUGAAGAAGUAAAAGAACAUGGAGGAUUUGAUGGUGAAAGAGAACUAGGAGUCGAUUCAGGUUCUGAAAUGUCUUCUGAUGGGGAUGACCCCUUUACUGAUGAUUUUCUCCAAGGAAGUGACGAUGGAGAGAAAGGCUCCGAUGUGGAUUCAGAUUCAGGUUUAUCUGAUAUUGAGGAGAAGUCAAGAGCUAUUGAUGAAGAAAAGGCAAAGGAAGAAGAGGAAGCAGAGGCUGAAUUGCAGCUCAACAUCAAAGAAGAAGCUGAUGAAUUCAGAUUGCCAACCAAGGAGGAGCUUGAAGAAGAGGCACACAGACCCCCGGAUCUCCCAAAUCUCCAGCGGAGGAUAAAAGAGAUUGUUCGGGUGCUUUCAAAUUUUAAGUCUUUGAGGCAAGAGGGGGCGACACGAAAGAAUUACAUGGAACGGCUUCAGAUGGAUUUAGGUUCAUACUAUGGAUAUAAUGAAUUCCUAAUUGGGGUUUUGUUGGAGAUGUUUCCAGUUGUUGAACUUAUGGAACUCAUUGAAGCUUUUGAAAAACCUCGGCCUAUAUGUCUUCGAACGAACACCUUAAAGACACGACGACGGGAUUUGGCUGGUGUUUUGUUGAACAGAGGGGUCAACUUGGAUCCAUUAAGCAAGUGGUCGAAAGUUGGACUAGUUGUGUAUGACUCGCAAGUUCCAAUUGGUGCCACUCCUGAAUAUAUGGCUGGUUAUUACAUGCUGCAAAGUGCAAGCUCUUUUUUACCCGUGAUGGCCCUUGCUCCUCAGGAGAAAGAACAGAUUGUUGAUAUGGCGGCUGAUCCUGGUGGUAAAACUACUUAUAUUGCUGCUCUUAUGAAAAACAGUGGUACAAUUUUUGCAAAUGAGAUGAAGGAGCCGAGACUCAAGUCACUAACUGCAAAUUUACAUCGGAUGGGGGUGACGAACACAAUAGUUUGCAACUAUGACGGAAGAGAGCUACCCAAAGUCUUGGGUCACAACACAGCUGAUAGGGUCUUACUGGAUGCACCUUGCAGUGGUACUGGGGUUAUAUCUAAAGACGAGUCUGUCAAAACCUCGAAAAGUUCUGAUGAUAUACAGAAUUGUUCUCGUUUGCAAAAGGAACUGAUACUCGCAGCUAUUGACAUGGUGGAUGCCAAUUCAAAAUCGGGAGGAUACAUUGUCUAUUCAACAUGCUCCAUCAUGAUUCUUGAGAAUGAAGCAGUCAUAGACUAUGCUCUAAGGAAGAGGGAUGUAAAACUGGUGCCGUGUGGACUCGACUUUGGGCAUCCAGGUUUCAUUCGCUUUAGGGAGCGACGGUUUCACCCAUCUUUAGAAAAAACAAGACGUUUCUAUCCCCAUGUUCACAACAUGGAUGGUUUUUUUGUGGCGAAGUUGAAGAAAAUGAGCAACUCCAGGCCAACUUCAACUGCUUCUGAACCAUCAGAAACAGUGAAUCAAGGUCUUGGGCCGAUUGAUAACAGCAGCGCGAAGAAUACUGAAGGAGUAUUUCAACGUCAAUCAAGGCAAGAAGCCACUACCGAAGAAAAUGAGAGCUUGGCGAAUAGUUUUCCUAAAAAAAGGAAAUUUGAAUUCCCAUCCACCACUAUAAAGAGGCAGAAAAUGAAAGGCCCUUCUAAAUUUGAGAUCUUGAAAACCAGAGAAUAUAAAACACAAGUUUUGAGGGAAGAGAAGAAAAAAGCUUGGAGGGGAAAGAAGGGUGGUGCAUGGAAAGGUGGAAUGGCCAAAUGACCAAUUGGCAUGAAUCACUUGUUGGUUAGCCACUAAUUGCUAUGGAGAGACAUCUUUUGGUGUUCUGUUGAUCAUUACCUAUUUUAUCCCCUGAAAUGGGGAUUCACCAGAGAGCCGAAUAUACGAGCGUAUGCACUGCAAUUAGCAGAAUACUGAGGAAUGAUUUUAGUUGAGACAAGUGCAACAAUUCAUGGCAAUAUGUCCGUCUCUCUCGUAUAACAUGCCUGUAAAGAUGAGAUUUCAAGAGAAUCCCCAAACGGAUCACAGAGUCCAAAAACUUCUGUUUUCUUCUGUUUUUAUUUUUAUGUUUGUUCAAGUCCAUUACCUGAAGUUUGUACGGUUAUUAACUUAUUAUUGUUGUAAAGGCAGGUCUUUGACCAUGCUUUCUAUUGACCCAACACAAGUACCAUGUUUCACUCCAUAAAGUAUAGUCAUUUGUUUUUGGGGUUAUAUUUAAUUUAAGUAAACUGUAUAUUCGGUUGAACUUUCUCAAUUUCGGUUUCUUCAAUUUCUUUUCCAAA